UCUCCACAGCACUUCUGGGGUCAGUAUCCCCUGAGCUGGAAAAGACCCAGGGCCUUUGCACACAUGGGACAGGUGUGGCAGGGAUAUGUUCGGACUGGGUGAUGCACACAGAGGACGAGGCUGCAGAUACUAUCUGGAUAACAAACAAUUUUACUUUCUGGAAAAUACUGUCUGUAGCUUCCUUUUACAUGCUACUUUUUGAAAAACUCUUAUGGCAUUCCAUUUUCCCCUUUGACCUUGGCCUUGACUCUUUUGUAAUGGAUGUAUUUUUUUUUAUUGAAGUACAGUUGAUAUACAUUAUAUUGUUUACAACAUAGUGAUUUGAUAGUUAUCUAUACUAUUACAAUAAAUGUGUUUUGAAUGAAACAGAGGCUGCAAACAGCACUCUGCCCAACUGGCCUGCCUGGCCUCCUCUUGCACCUACAUCCUUCUAUCUCCAUUCAAGGAAAGAGGCUGAGUUCUGGCUCAGGCAGAAACAGCACCAGCCUACACAGUGAAGGACGCUAACUUGGCUCUCCCCACAGGAAGGGCUGAAAGGAACCUGAGAAUUCCAAUUAGGCUUAAACUAAUGAGCUGGAAACUUUGGAGAAACCACUGUGGAUAUUGAGGGGAGAGUGCGAUCAUCUUCCUUUUAAUUAGCAUUGGGAAAACGUGGUCCAACUGGUAGCAGGAGGAAGGGCGGUGUCCAGAUGAAGUGAAGUUUCUGAUAAUGACAGAUGGGAUUCCCCUGGAGGUGGAGGGCUAGAGGUUGCUGAAAACACCCAGCUCCUUCAUCUUUAAUGGGGAAAGGUGGGCUUGAAUGGAGCCUGGGGCAUCCCAUCCCCCAGCUGCCCUCCUCAUGCGAUGGAGUCUGUGGCUAGAUAAAAGGGGAGCGACUUUAGGGGAACUGUAUUGCUUACUGGAGUCUGCACGGUGCCCGAGACCAGGCACCCCCCGCCCAUCCCUGCCCACUUUCUUAGACAGCCUUUGCCACUCAAUACGGAAAAGGCAGAAAAACCAUCUGCUGCUGUCAAGGCCACAGACCCCCCGCCAGCCUUCCAGUUGGCCCUGCUUUCCAACCACUCAAGGGGCGCCUAGCAAUUGGGGAGGGAAGAGGGAACUAGGGGUAAGGGGGUCGAGCUAGGGUGUGUAUCCUAGAGAAGGGUCUUUCUCCCUCCCUGAGGCGGGAUAUUGUGGCAUCCCGCCUGUGCAUCGGGUCGACAGCUGAUCACUCCUCCUCUGCACACUGGGGGCUCCGUCGGGAACAAACGGCCUGCCAUGGGCCCUCUGCCAUCCCAAUCGGGUACCCCCAGGGCGCUCGACGGGGGGCGUAGCACGUUGGAGAGAGGCCCCGAGUCGCGCGUCUGGGCUUGGGCGCUCUACUUGCGCAUCGGGGGUCAGGGGCGCGAAACCGGCCGCCGCCGAGGGGGUCUGCGGGCCCUCUGCCAGGUGCCGAGCAGAGGCGAGCCGGAGCCGCGAGCCUCCACCCCUCCCGCCUCCGGCGGCCUGAGCCCGCGCCGGCUCCAGUUGCUGCAGCUGCUGCUCCUGGCGGCUGCGGGGAACGCGGGGCGCGCGCCGAAAAGCCUCAGGCGGUGAGGACGGGGACGAGGAGGAGCCGGAGGAGGCAGAGCGAGGGGAGGCCGCGGAGGCUCAGCCGCGUGGCGCCGCGGUCCAGGGACACCGGGAGCACGGGCUAGCGGCGGCGGCGGCGGCUCGGCGGCCGGACGCGGCGAACCUGCUGCAGCCCGGCGCGCACAGGGGCGGCGAGUGGAAGCCGAGCGCAGCCGCGCGGGCGUCCUGGGGGAGGGGCUGCUUAUACAUUAUUAGCGAGUUGCCGCCUAACAAGCAAAGAGCGGCUCUCUAGCGGCGCGGGCCGCGCGAGGGGAGGGGUCCGGCCGGAGAGCAGCGCACACGCGUGGCGCACGGCGGGCGGCGCGGACACCCGGGCCCGCGCGCAGAGCCAGGGCGGGCCCGGGGGCCCACGCAGAACCCGGGCGGGGGCAGCCAGCGGCGCUCCCGGUCUCUGGGCGCCCGGGGCGAGCGGGGCGCGGGCCGGGGAGGGGAGCUCCCGCGCGCUCCGGCCCCCUCCCCCCCAGGCGGGCGGGCCGGCGGCCGGGGGGAGGGCGGGCGGCGGCUCGCAGUAUAUAUCUCCGCGCACCCCGCCAGGUCGCGCACAGCGCCCCGAGCCCAGGCGCCUCCCCCCCUCCCCGCGCUCCGCGGCGGCGGCGGUAGCAGCAAUAUGGCUGUUGAUGGGUGUUCUGGGUGGCGCUGGCGGCGGGAGGAGCUCCCCCGAGCCCCCGCGCCGGCCGCCCGUUGCUAGCUAUGGCAAAUGGUGGCGGCGGCGGCGGCGGCGGCGGAGGCAGCAGGCUUAGAAUGAGUAGCAAUAUCCACGCGAACCAUCUCAGCCUAGACGCGUCCUCCUCCUCCUCUUCCUCCUCUUCUUCCUCCUCGUCCUCGGUCCACGAGCCCAAGAUGGAUGCGCUCAUCAUCCCGGUGACCAUGGAGGUGCCGUGCGACAGCCGGGGCCAGCGCAUGUGGUGGGCUUUCCUGGCCUCCUCCAUGGUGACUUUCUUCGGGGGCCUCUUCAUCAUCUUGCUCUGGCGGACGCUCAAGUACCUGUGGACCGUUUGCUGCCACUGCGGGGGCAAGACCAAGGAGGCCCAGAAGAUCAACAAUGGCUCGAGCCAGGCGGAUGGCACUCUCAAGCCAGUGGAUGAAAAAGAGGAGGCGGUGGCAGCCGAGGUCGGCUGGAUGACCUCCGUGAAAGACUGGGCGGGGGUGAUGAUAUCUGCCCAGACAUUGACUGGCAGAGUCCUGGUGAGUCUCCAACUCCCUCCUCACACGAGGAAGUCUGCUAUCUGGUCCAUGAUCCCUCUGUUUAUAGGGACGUGAUAUUUUACUGUAUCU